CCCGCCGGGAAACCGAAGAGUUAUGCUCGGAAUUGGUUUCCGAGCUUGAUUCACCUUCCCCGGCGCUAGAAUUCCCCAGCUGACCCACGGAGGAAGCCAGGAGAAUCGAGUCCACCAUGAACGGAAGGGUGGAUUAUAUGGUCACCGAGGAAGAGAUCAAUUUGACCCGAGGACCCUCAGGGCUGGGCUUCAACAUCGUCGGUGGGACAGAUCAGCAGUAUGUCUCCAACGACAGUGGCAUCUACGUCAGCCGCAUCAAAGAGGAUGGGGCUGCGGCCCGGGAUGGGCGGCUCCAGGAGGGUGAUAAGAUCCUCUCGGUAAAUGGCCAAGACCUAAAGAACCUGUUGCACCAGGACGCUGUAGACCUCUUUCGUAAUGCAGGAUAUGCUGUGUCCCUGAGAGUGCAGCAUAGGUUGCAGGUGCAGAAUGGACCUGUCGUGCAUCGAGGUGAAGGCGAGCCAGGCGGUAUUCCUGUAGCUGUGGUUCUGCUGCCAGUGUUCGCCCUUGCCAUAGUAACAGCCUGGGCCUUGAUGAGGUACCGGCAACGGCUUUGAAAGACUUGCCGUCUUCCAGUGUGCCCAGUGAACUUACAUUUUACCGUCCCUCCCUUCCAUUCUCCCUUAUCUUUCCCUCUCUGCAUAGGCAAGACAUGAUUUAAAGUGACUAAUUCUCACCCCAAACCUUGUUGUUCAAAAUCUACAAGGCUUCAGAUUCUAAUGGGAGAGUAAAGGUAUUAUUUGAAGGAAAGAUGAAGAAAACCCUUGCUUAGAACAAACAAGGAGUUACAUAUUUUACUAAAACUGCCAAUGGGAAGUCAGCUACCACCCAAAGAGGGAAAGAUCCAGUCUUCUGUCACCAGAGGUGAUGUCUUUUGCUUAGCUGGAAUGCUUUGAAGGCCAGCUGUAUUACAUGAGAGAAGAGUGGAUUUUUCUUUUUAAUGCUUUUCCUUGAGAAGUAUUUGUGGCCUUUAAUUUGUAAUGACAUACCUGGAUGCCUAUACUGGACACAAGAGAAUGAACAGAGUUUUUUACUUUCUUACAAAAGCAAAUCCGUAUAUCCAUACAUACACAUAUGCAUAUAAGAUAGUAAAGCAUUGAUACCUUAUGGGGAAUUAAAGAGGUUAGAAAACUGCACUGGUUCCCAGGCUUCUGAGGGGACACUCUUUUGGGGGUUGUAUCAUAUUCCUUCUUGUAUGUGUCAAAAUUCAUACUGAACAGUGAGUUUGGGUUGUAACAAGAAUUUAUUUUUGCACCUGUCUUUGUCCACAUGUUAAGCAGAAACACAAGUGCUACUAAGGGAUGAUCUUAAUUCCUUCUUGUCUAUAUCAGAACUCAUAUUGAGCAAUGGAUUCUGGGUUAUAAAAGAAUGUGUUUGCACCUGUCUAUAAGUUUUUCUCUACAAGCUGCACAGAAACAUCCACAAAUGAUAGUAAAGGAGGAUCUUAAGUGAAGACCAUCAGGAGCUGUGGGGAGAGAUUGUAUAGUGGGAGGUCAUCUUUAAGAGACUGUCCAGUGAAGCUCACCUGAAGAACAGCAACAGAACGACUGACUGAACCCGUAGUGAGCAAAAGUACUUUGCACAGUAGCUAUGGUGGCAGUGCAGGAAACUGUCAUCAAACAUCUGCUGAAGGUGAUCUGUUAAGAAAAAAUUGAGUUAAAAGAGAAAUGUUACCAGGCUCUGGUCUGCCCAGUGGCUUGUGUGGCAGUUCACAGAGCUAUGAAAGGAUCAGCUGGGAUGGCUGUGGUCAGGCCAAACCAAGCCACCAAGACUACUGAGAAGACCAAGAUCCCACCUCUGAGGUGGCCCCUGUGCCCUGUAGGCUACUGAGCAAUGUCUAGCAGUAGGCAGGCAAAUGCAGAGAGAAGGAACUGCCUCCCUGGUAGGACAGACCCAAAGUCAGCUCUGCUGCUUUGGUUAAAAUGAGAAGGCCUGGAUUGCUGGUGUUUGUUUUUUUCUUUUUCUUUAAAGUAUGUAAACACUAUAACUUCAAUAAGUUAAUGAGCCAUGUUUUUCAGAGAAGGAGAAGAAACGAGUGUUGCUUGUUUUAGAGAAUACGGAAAUUUGGUGCGUGUUCUCUGAGAGGAGCCUAGGGAUAGACUAUAGAUGACUGGAUGCUACAGAAUACCAGGAAUAUCAUUGAGAUGGGGACCAUCCUCCCCAUGUGGUAUUUAAGUUGUCUUUAAAGCACUGAGGAUAGGGAAACUAAGGCUAAUUUUCCUGGCUUUGCGAAAAUAAUUUUCAUCCUUCAACUAUGCUGGUCAGGCUAAGCUUUAUCUUAUUUCAACAUUGGAUUUUUUUUCCCCUAAGGCAAUAAAUUAUUUCCAGUGUUUAACAUGGGCAAUCUAGCAAAUGCUGGUUAGACAUUAGUUUUGUCAAGACACUUGUACAAAGAAAAGAAAUAUAUAGAUUUCAUCCUAAAAAGUCUUUUGGUUCCAGUUAGGGCAAACACUUGAGAUGGAAUUAGCCACAUAAGUAGGACAGCAUAGGCUGGUGUCAUGUUUUACUGCACAUAGCAAAAGAGAAUAGCUACUCAAAAUUGGGAUACUUAAGGAACAGGACAAUGUAGGGAUCCUGUAGAAACUCAGAGUCUAGUUAAAAGAAUUCAUAAACAGGUAAAAAGUUAAAAGCAUAUCAUUAGUAAUAGUUAAAAUAGAGUAGUAGUUGGAAAUAGUAAUAAAAAAAAUCUUACCAUGUAGAACAGAACAUGAUGCAUCAACAAAGACGACACGCAGAUAACCAUCACAGGGCUUGGGAAUUUUGUUUAUUUGUUUAGAAUUCAGAAAAAAAAAAAAACCUGUCACAUACUGGCAUAGAAUGAAAAAGGAAGUUUUAAAAACAAAAGGUCCAGUAAGACCUUGUCUUUGGGAGGAACUUGCAUUAAAAACUUAAUAUCUUUUAAUGUGAGCUAUUUGUUCUUUUUAAGACUAUUAUUUAGAUAACAAGAGUCAUUGUAGGUUCCACAGAGAAACAGCAAAACUUACUCUAGUUUACGUCUCAGCCAACUCUCCUGUGGAGGGCCAGCCUCUGGUACUUUACCUCCUCGUACCGAUGACAUGCACAGCAGUUUCUCCCAUAAACUGCUUUCCUUCCAGAAUACACCUCUGAGUUUGGGCAUUCUUGAAAGAUAUUGGGACAUAUAAAGGGAAUCAAAUGUCAAGAAAAAAAAAAAAGCUAUAUUUCCAUAUAGGUAAAUUAAAAAAAAAUUGUCUCUUCAUUGCUAGAAGUUUUGCUUUGGUUGGUAAUAGGGAUUCUGAUGCCCUUAAAUAGUUUGGGUCUCCUUGUAAAAUACAUAGUAUUUAAAGAUCAAAAUGUAUUUUACUCUGGUUCUAUGAAAACUACAAUUAUUGUAGAUGAGGUAUUAGAAUCCAUUAUAACUUGUAAAAAAUUUUGUGUUCCAUAUAGACUGAAUCUAAUAGUCUUACCACUUCCUCGAUUAUAUAUGGUGUUCCUACCACCUAAAUUAUAAUGUUAAAUAUUUUGAAAAUUGAAAGUAUUUUAAGACCCUAUAUUUAAAACAUUUCUUAUAUUUAUUGUGUAUUAUCUAUAAUUCUGAUUACAGUUUGCUUCACUUAUCUCUAUUUUGUUUGCCUGCAAAGCUUUAACUGUGAAUGAGUUCGUGUAAUUCACUGGACCAUCUAGCCAAAGAUAAGGAACUUAAUAUUUAUCAUAUUCUUUGUCAGGGACUGUGCCAAACUGUUUGGUACACUAUUCAUGCCUUACAAUUCUUCAAUCUAAGUACUGCUAUAAAGAGACUGAAGAUGAGAGGAUAAAUUACUUUCCUAAGAUCAUAGAGGUGGUGAUAGAGGCAGGAUUUAAACUCAGGACUUCAGGUGCCAGCAUCAAUAAUCUUGUUGCCAGUAGUUCUCUAAGUGAGGUCUCUGGACAAAAGCAUCAGUAUUACUGGGGAACUUGUUAGGAAAGCAAAUUUCUGGUAUUCGUCCCCUCCUUACCGUGUGAGACACUGAACAGUCUGUUAGUAAUUCCUCCCUUUCCUUCCACCCCAAGGUAACCAAUUCAUGCCAAAGCUUGAGAGUCACCACUUUCUUAGUAUACUGUUUUUCCCUUUUCUGUGGUAAGAAUAACCUGGACAUCUUAUCUCUUAUCUUUGUUUUGAAUGUGUCCACUACAUGAAUUUGUACAAAACAAAACACACUCUACUUCUAUCUUCUCUCUUUGGGAUUUGAAUACAGUAGAAGAACUGGUAGCUGAAGCAUAUUGCAUGCAUCAAGAUUAGAAGGGAAGUUCAUUGAACAAUCAGAGAAAAAUAAUCUAGCCACAUGAGUUGUAAUUCCAGCUGGCUCUAAAUUAGAAAUGUAUGACUUUUGGUGGUAUUUGUUUUGUUUUAAUCACAAAAAUAAGCUAUUGGGAAUACAGAGAAUGAAACAAGUGUCCAUAAACUGUCAAGAAUGUGAACAAUGUAGUUUAAUGUACAGCCAAUAAAGUUUAUUCUACCAACAUUGCACAGAAAUUCUCUCUGUACGAUAUGAAUUUAUUUUUUCUUCAUUCAUAGGAUAAUGCCAACUGUGUGCUAGGUGCUGAAGAUAGGGUGAUAAAUACAAUGUGGUUACUAAGCUGAAGUAGCUUGUAUCUGAAAAUAAAUGGUUUCAAUAUCAGUGUAAUUGUCUACCAUCACUUAGGUGUACAUUUGAGCUCUGAAGCUCUCUACCUCUUGCCUGUGGUAGGUUUAGAGUUGUUUACUAUCCCAUGAAAGCCCUUUUUGAUCUUCCUCUUUUAACUGCAAGUCUUUUUUAGACCAACCCUCACAUCUCAAAGGUAAUUAUGAUGAAAAAAAGACAGUAUUUUAAAGAAUUUACUUCCAGUGGGAGCCAAGAUUUUCAACUGUCAUUGACUCUGUAUGGUGUUAUUUAUAUAUAAAACAAACUACACUAUUUACUGACCUGAUGCAUUUGGUAAUGUAAAAAUUUAUAAAAAAAAGCAUUGCUGCUUCUGAGAAAUCUUGUUACAGUAAGCACUAAAAAUCAUUACUGUAUGUUUUCCUCAUUGGUAGCAUUGUUUCUACAGUGGAAAAAGGAAGAGAAGACUGAAAUAGGUUUUCAAAUGAAAUUUAAUAUAACUAGCCAAGAAAAUGAUUUACAGAAGAAUUUUAUAAAUGUAUUGGUUAAUCACAGGAAACGGGAUGAUCCUUUUUCCUAGUUGGCAGAUUUACAAAUGAAGACACAAAUCCCAUUUUAGUGCUGUGUCUGCAAUGCUGAUUGAAGCGAGUUUAUCACUAGAUACUUGUAUGUCUUACUUUCAAGCUAUGUUAAUUCUUAUACAGUUAUUUUCCUUAUAAACCUUGUUUUGUCUUGCUUUCUUUCUACUUUGAUUCUCAUGUCAUGUUGCAUCCUUAGAUGUGAACAUCACAAAUUAAAUAGAUAUCUGAUAGUUACUUGGUAGACAUGUAGUCAUAAAAUCAUAUCAUCUAAGAAAAUAUCACUGCCAAUUACAAUACAUUAGUGAGGCUGUCAAAAUAUAUGAUAAUCUCAAGCUUUGCUAUUUUAUAUUACAUACAGCAAGUGAGAUAAUAGUGUGUCCAAAAUGCAUAUUGAACUGUGGCAUUCAAUAAAAACUUGUUGAAUUUGUCAUUAAA